GUGGUGUGGCUUCAGUACAGGGCAUUGACACACUUUCGGGUGCACAACUCACCCGUCAUCGCCGAGCUGUGCUUGAGCAGGUACCCACGGGCCACGGGACAACAGACGGGGGUUCGACGGACGUUGACAGGGACAAUGUUGCGGUGGAGGUUGAUGCGGAUUUUGGUGGCACUGCAACAUGCGGAGGGAGACAUCGGUGCGAACAUGGACGACCCGCCUCCUGGGACAGUGGAGGUCACCGACGCUGCGGGCGGCGAGCUCUCCACUCCUGACCCGGGAUUGGUAAUGGGGGAGGGGUUCACCGCCCUUUUGCACCACAUGGCCCCCAUUGCGCCGAGCGGCUCCAACAAGGACUUUCGUGAACACCUGUCUGCGAUGUCCCCAAUGCGGAUUGAUUUUGAGGAGAAGACCCCUGAUUGGACCAGAUUCCCUCGACCAAACCUACGUGGUCUACAACUGAGUGAGGACAUUCAAACUGAGGCCGGGGAAGGAUCACAAGGCAUGGUCUACAGGAGGAGGACCACAAUUGCUGAGGUUGGAGGGCCCGACCCGCCACAACAUGCAAAUGCACGACGUGCGUCAACGUCGCCUUCCGAAAUCGAUGCCAGCAAGGUGCGCCAAGUGAGGAGUCUAGCGGGCAGAAAGAAAGGAGGGAAGAACAAGUCGAAGGAGACAGCUGCACCGUCGACCAAAGGUAGAAGAGGCAAGGGACGAAAGACAGUCACACCACCAGUGACCUUGAAAGAGAAGCAUGUUGUUGUUCGGCAAGAGAAGAAGAGGAAGGCGCGAAGAGUUCAAAAGAAAGUCACCGCAGUCUUGCAGUCUCCGAAAAUACAUCCGAAAAAGAAGAGGAAGAGAGUGCAAGAGGACGAUGAGUCUAGUAGAAGCAGUGCUUCAUCUUCCGCAGAGGAACAAGAAGAGUCGUCAAGUUCAUCGGCAGACCCGUCGUCAUCAACUGACACGUCGUCAUCGACUGACACCAGCCUGCCCACAGAGUACAAAGCCGUGGAUCAAGAUUUGGACAAGAUCCGUGAGCCUUGGGAUGUCACAGGCUUGACCUUGAUGACAAACGACACAACGAUGACCAGCAACAGGCCGGUCAUCAACUUCCUUGCUGCUGGCGAUUCGGGGGCUGUCAUGGUGAAGAGCGUGGACAUGGAGGGGAAGGAUAAGUCAGCCCCAGCUUUGGCAAGGAUGUGGGAGGAGGUCAUGAGGGAGUUGGGGGUGCAUAGGGUCAACGCCAUCUGCACCGACUCUGCGCAGGUCAACAUUUCUGCCCGGAAGAUAUUGGCUGAGCACGAGGACCCUCUGAUCCGAAGCAUUCCAUUGGUGUCGUGCGCAUGCCAUGUUUGCAACUUGCUCAUGUGUGACAUUGCUUCGGUGCCAUGGAUUGGGGAGGUGAUCCUGCAGGGCAGGGAGAUCACAACUUUCAUCAAGAGACACCAGCGGGCGUUGGCGAUGUUCCGGAGGACUGGUAGGGAGUACAGGGCACAUUUGGGUAUCAAAGACAGGAUGCCGUUGGAGUUGAUCCAACCCGGGGAGAUUGGAUUCGGCACAAACUUCCUCAUGCUGCAGCGACUUCGGGAGUGCGAGGGGGUGUUGCUAGCGAUGGUUUCCAACCCACGUUGGGACGACUCUCCAUGGGAUCGGACCGCAGCGACUCGGGCUCGAUCGUGCAAGGAGCUCAUACGAGACCCGACUUGGUGGUUGUCAGUGGAGCGGGCAAGUACCUUGCUAGAGCCUGUUUACGGCCUCAUGAAGUCCAUGGACAAAGACAGGAGGAUGGGUAUGCAGGUGUGGUCUUUGGGGAUCACCUUGGAGAAGAGAAUAGCCAUGCUGCCAAUGGAUUGUGAGACAAGGGAGUUCGUGAUGGCAAAGGUGAAAGACCGUUGUCGCACUUUUUCCAGUCGGGCCGCUUCAGGCGACCGAAAAGCCAACAGGCUGUCACGCAGGAUUUUGGAUGCUCUUGCAAUAAAUAAAAUAAAUUAAAUUAAAUAAAGCAAAUCCCUUCCU